GACUCCAGCUUGUCGCACUCCCAGACAAGCUUGGGACGGUGGAAAAAAAAGAAAGAACACAAAAUUCGUCCAGGGGACCAACAUCAGAGGGGUCAUGUAUAAACGUCUAUGGAGUAGGCUCGUCCUGUGUACGAAUCGUGUGUGCGAUGUCGUUCGUAGCCUUGUGAUGUCGCAUUCAAAGCCAGGAGGGGGAGAGUCAUCGGAGAACAGAUCGAGCGUCCCCUAUUUUCAAUGCGGGAGCCGAUCACCUCGAGGGUGACCAUGGACGUCAUUACCACCACUGCAUUCAGUCCGGGAAACACCCCCGUCCAAGUCAUCCCCAAAAUAUAGUGGGUGACAAAGUGCUGCUUCGGUUUUCCACUCAAGGCCUCCGAGGACGGAUAAGUUCAAGUGCGGGGUUUCAUCCAAACAUUCAGUGAACUUCGUGGUUCACGAUCAAUAUUAAGCCGGACGCAUAUAUUGAUCUUCUCCACUUGGAUAGCAGGGCAAACUGAACGAACCUCGCUCGCCAACCCUGUCCCCCUCUCCCUCGUUUUCUGUGUUGGGAACAUAAAUCGUCGGCUGGUGCCAAAGGGGGGGAAGAUGAAAUAAAUUUCCUCGCCCAAAGGGGGACAUGAGUUCGUUCGUCUCCAGCCAAAGUCUCUCCAGUGUUCAUCAUGUAAACAAGAACAUAUAUUUUGCUCCUUGAACCCCAACGAAUAGUUAGUAACUUGGGCCAAGUUAUUGAAGAACAUGGAACCAGACAGUGCUGACCCAUCGAGAGCCAAGACUUACCAUCUGAAAUGGUCAAGUCACAUUCCAAAUUUGGAAACCGUGUUCACGACACUUUUAGAGUCCGAGAGUUUGUCUGAUGUGACUUUGGUGUGUUCGGAUGGAAGUAUCAAAUCCCAUCGCUUGCUCCUGGCCUCUUGUUCCAAUUACUUUCUUCGGGUUUUUCUUGAAACGCCGACCAAAAAGCCGAUGAUAGUUGUUCCAGAAAUCACCACCGAAACCAUGAAACAUCUUUUGGCUUUUAUUUACACGGGUGAAGUUCGUGUAGUUGAGGAGGUCUUAGAAAACCUCAUCGCCGCAGCUACGAUGCUACAAAUUCGAGGCCUAGCCACAGCUUCUGAAAAUGAAGGGGGCCUGGAUGACAGCGUAGAGGUCACGACCAAUUACCAAGGCCUCAACAAAUCCAAGGAUCGAUCAUUCGAUGAAGAGGUGACACCUCUGGAGAAGCUCUCGCCCAAGAAAUCUGAAUCUCGAGAGGGUUUUGAUGACGGGGACCUGCAAAAGAGUUCCCCAUCGAGGAAAUCUGAGUCAUCACCGAUGAAAAGGAUGCGAAGCACUUACGAUUCUUCGCCCAUCCCCGAGGUCUCUAUUCUACCCAUCCUAGCACCCCGAUUGAAUCUGGAACAACCACAAUAUAUAGAAGAAGAAGACAACAACAGACCCAAGCAAUCCUCAGACUUCAAUGGGGAAGAUUCUCUACAAGAGUCAGAGGACCCAGAGUCCACUUACUCUCAUCCUCAGACACAGCAUUUAUUGAACCAAUCUAGUCAAAUCCACCCGGGAUUGGGAACCCUUGAGAACAUGUACAACCACUUCCUUCAAGGCAAGAUCACGCCGUCCCCAUCAUCUGCUCCAGACUCACCAACAGUAUCCUCAAAGUCAUCUAACAACAGUGUGACAACCGUGGCUAAUUUGUCUAUCCAACAAGAAGAAAUUGCUCGGCUCAUGGCGCAGGUCAGUUGUCCCACCUGCCCAAUUUGUCAGAAGGACUGCGGCAAUUACCCCAACCUUCGAUCUCAUCUCCAGAUUCACGUGAAUAUCAAGCCUUUCGUGUGCGAAUUUUGUGAGGCCAAAUUCUCGCGUGCCUCUCACUUGUGUCGUCAUCGUCGAACUCACACUGGAGAGAAACCUUAUGAAUGCAAGAAAUGUGGCAAGCUGUUCUCGAGACAAGACAAGCUGAAAACCCACAUGGAUCGGCACAUCUCCAAAGAAGAUAUCCCCUUAAAUAACUCGAGCAGUAGCGGCGCCCGUAAAGCCGCCAAAGGCUCCUCCCGCUCUUCAGCCGCUAGUAAGUCCAUCAACAAUGAUUAUGGGGUGUCGAGCUUCUCGAAUAUGCCUCUCCAUCCCAUCCCUCCUCACUCAACGAGUCAACCACCUCAAGUUCAGGCGUGGAACAAUAAUGCAUUUCCGGGUAUCAACCCUUAUUGCCUCCCAUCUCCACACUCUGGUCCAGCUAAUCAGCCUCAAAUGGCCUCUCAAAACCUCCAUGAUCAUCCACAUCAAAUGCUCUUUUCUGGUCAACCCGUGCAACAUAUGAUCUCAGAUCGGAAUGCUAUCAUGGCAUCUUUGAUGAAAAUUCCUUAAAGCGGCAUAUUUUAGAGACGCUUCCUAUUUUUUCACUCCGUGCUUGUGAAGUGUUUUUAUAUUUCUUGGAAAUAGAAAGAGAGGUAUAAUUUUCCCCAAA